GCCCCACGGGUGUCGCUCCGGGUGUCGCUCCCGGGUCUCUCACCGCCCCCCAGGGGCCCUCAGGCGGUCCCGCUCGGACGCGCUCGCGCCGAGCCCGCGCGUGCCGUUGUCAGACCAACGGGGGCGGGGCCCGCCUCAUCCACAGCGCCCCCCGGCGGCCGCUGCCGGCAGUACCCGGCCGGCCAUCCCGGCCCGCUCACCCGGGACCUGAGCUCCGGAACCGGGGAACGCAGCCCCCGUCUGCAGCGCCCCAGGGAGGCACCCAGGGUCCCGCGGUGCGAGCUCUGUGCUGCUCAGCAGCGGAGUGUGGCUCUGAGGAGAAACAUCAUCACACGCUGUGCUGUCCCGUCCUGUCCCGUCCUCGCAUCAAGAGUUCUGGCGGCCCCUCCACCGACGUCCCCAUGGAGGCAGCUGUGGCUGGCCAGAAGACCCCCGGCAUGUCCACGGGACGGCUUUCCUCAUGGAUACCGCAGAGGCUGCUCCCCGUUCCAGGCGUUUGCGCCCGCCCACGUCCCAGGACACACGGCCAAGAGCCGGUCGCCCUCCGGCUUCCGAGCACCUCAAAGCAAGAGCACGCCCGCUGGGUGGUUUCCCCCAAACCAGCGGCAGCGUUGUGCACCCUGGAAGGGUGCGAGCACCCAGGGCUGCAACCCCAACGCCGGGCAGCACCACCCUGCUCGCCGGCCUCUGGCCAUCACCUGUCCCGAGCACUGCCCGCGCCCUCCCGGACCCGCCCGGAGAGGCGGCGCCGCGACCACCACACACCGCUCGGAGCAGCUCGGCGUCACUCGAUUACUCUCGGCGUCACUCGGUGUCACUCGAUUACUCUCGGUGUCACUCGGCUGGACUCGGCGUCAUUCGGCUGGACUCGGCGCCACUCGGACCGCCGCCCCGGCCCGGGGCUCUCCCACGGCCGGCACGGCCUCGGCCCCCCCCCACCUCCCCCCGCCGUGUGCGAGUUGUUUGCAUCGGUGGAAAAGGGUCCGUUUUAAUGACAGCAUCUUGAAGUUCUACUUCUCCCGUGGUAAGAUGACUACGGUGACGUUCUGGCAGGCGGUGAUCCCUCAGGUGUGAAUUCCCAGGCAAGUGAUCCCUCAGGUGUGAAUUCCCAGCGGGCGAUGCCGCGGGGCCAAUUCCAGCGGCGAUCCCUCGGGCUCACGGUGAAGUCCCACGAGCAGCAGCAGCAGCAGCAGCAGAAGGGCCGGAGGCGCUUCAAGCGCUCUGCGGUACAAGGGGGACACCGGGCGGUCGCUGCCGGCACACACCGGGUCCUGCCCGCUCCUUGCAUUUCCUGUCCUGUGAUGAAAGGAUGGGAAAAAUCUCUGAUCUUCCACGGACAAUGGAAGGCACCGCUCCUUUGGAGAAGGAAAAGUACUUAAUGCAGAAUUACUAUUUAAGCCUUGUAGCACACUUGCUCGGAAUUUUUAGAAACAAUUCCAUUUUACAGCCACAUAAACAGAGCAGGUAUUUAGAAGGUGUGUUCAAAGUCCUGCAAACAAAGAACCAUCUCCUGAUCACACUGCCUUUGCAGUCUACAAAUGGGAAUGCACAACGUGAGAAGCAAGAAGGUCUGUGCUGAAAUCCGUGUGUAGGGAAGGACAGCAGCAGUGUGCCAGUGCUUGCUUUUUCAGGAGAGUGCAAAGGGUGCAAUGGUAAAGGCAGUUUCCUGUGCCUUGGGACUCAGUAUUGCUGCAGCACUUGGGAGUGAGUGCCAGCUGUGAAUUCUGAGUGCUGGGCUUUCAUCCUUGGCAUAAGAACUGCUCUUUAUUUUUUUUUCCCUGUAUGUAUUCAAAAUGGCUUCUGUAAACAUUUGUCUAUAUAUUGUCUUUUAU